GCGGCUAUAGGUAGGAAGUACGGGUUUACUUAGACACAUACAGCAAAGAAAUGUGAUGGAUUAGGAUUCUGUUACUUAGCUAAUUGCUUUGACUUUCCACUACUUAAAAGAUGUUCCCUGGUGUCAUCUAUGCACUGCUGGCGGGUUUCCUCGGAGCCGUCGCGUCUUCAUCAGCAAAACUGUCCCUCGGAGCCGAUUACCUCAAAGGGGUGUGUGAGACCGGGCUGAAAACAUGGGGAGGAGAGGAGAGGAAAUUUAGGCAAGCGGAUGAAACUACAGCCUGCGACUGGCUGCACAUUCCCCUGCGUCUGCUCUGUGGGGGGUUGCUCUUUACCUGUAACGCUGUGAUGUGGACCUUCUUUGCCAAGGCGCUCAGGUACUCCUCUUCCUCUGCCAGAGCCACUGUGACCACUACCGCCUCCAACUUCAUUUCCUCAGCAUUCUUGGGGCAGCUAAUAUUCGGGGAAACCCAUGCUGUGCUUUGGUGGGUGGGUAUAUCUCUCACCCUCUCAGGGCUCCUGGUGCUACACAGAUCAGCACCUCGUGAUGCCCAGCCAGCCGUCACAAAGAAGGACGAGUGAGGGCCCGCCCGGCAACCCGACACGGCAACCGAUGACAGGGCAAACAAAUGCAGCACACUGACCACUAUCACAGUCAAAGAGGUUCUCAUGGUGGAACUGCUUUCACAGCAGUGUCGAGGAUACAGUCAGGUCGAAAUGCCUCUGAAAUGUUCCACCGCAUCCCUCCUGUGUAAGGUUUAAUGAAAAAAGGAGAACAGAAAGGACAUUUCAAGCAGAUGUGUUAGACUUGGUGCACUUUACAACUGUACGUGACAUUGUUCACUGUAGAAACACCGAACAGCAGAUAAUAAAAUUGGUCCAAGUGUAACUCAAGCAAAGUGGAAACAAAUUUGUAAAAGGGAUCAUGGUAACAGGAAAUAUGGAAAUGUAGCUCUUUUUCAACAUUACGAACAUUGUAUUAUCAAAGGCAAGAGAUAAACUGGACUGCUCCCCACGCCCCAUGUCCAGUGCAAUACUCUCAGGCUGCAUUCCAAAUCACCUCCUCUUGCACAUCUCCUACACUGGAGGGUUCCAUAGCAUGAACAUUUUCUCACAUCACUGAAUUGGGCCACAGGGGUGGGGGAAGGCAGGAGGUUUAAAAUGUUCACAUUGAGACAUCCUCCAUCCUUAUUCAGUGUGUAGAAACAAUGGCAGCAACAGUGUAUGACAGAAUUGUUGAAGAGGAAAAGCCCUGCUCAUUAGAUUUACAGUCCCCGCAAGCAUUUUAAGAGAUAAACUAAACUAAGUGAUUAUUAACUGCCAGUCAGUUGCCUGCAAACCAGCACCUUGUUAACAUUUAUUGUUAGCGAGCGAAAUUCUGAUUGGUACCAUCCAUAGGUGUAACAAGCUGGUGAGUUAACUAGCUAGUUUGUAUAACUAGCUAGUGAGAUACCUGGACAGCUGGAUGUCUAACUGUUAUAUAGCCAAGAAGAUAAAUUAACUGUCAGCUAGCUAGCCAGCCUGCUGUAAUAGUGGGUGCAUAUCUGCUUCUGUGGCUAGCUAGCUUGUCCAGCUAGCUAGCUACUUUAUUUCCAUAACAAGACAUAUAGAUACAAAUUAUUAUGCUUGCUUCAUAAAUUAGAGUGCAUCAUGCAAUAUACAUGUAAUUUAUAAACAUUCUUAUUUUGGAUUUCUUCGCUUUUUGAGCCACAAAUUAGUGGUUUGAGCUGUCUUUGCCUGUAAGGCAAAGAGUUGUGGAUAAUCAGUGGGUAAUCUUCUUAUUAUGAACCCAGCACUAUCACAAACAUGUUCAGCAGGCAGUUGUGGGUGAAACACCCUCCUAUGGCUCAGAUUUACCUCCUACAGCAUUAGGACACACUCAAUAUGGUGGGCAGCUCACUCCUGUGAGUUAGCCAGUGAGGGUGUAGGGAUUGGCUUGGAGUGCAGCCUCACUGAUUCAGAUGUGCUUCCUGUCAUGCAGAUCCCAGAAUGUAGAUUAUCUGCCACAUCUCACUGCUGUGCACCAGUGAAUCCAGCCACAACUAGCCAAUGUGUGCCACACAAUUACAUAAAAGACUUUCUGUUUACUACUACAAGACAUACUGUAUGCAGUCAAAGAAUAGAGAGUAGCUGUGAAAAAUCAAACUUUUUCUUGGGGUAAGAAAGCACAUACUCUUUC